UAAAAGUUCUGUUCUCAGAGUAAAAAUAUAAUUUUUAUUACUCUGAGAUUCUGUUAUUUCAAAUCUCAGACUUCCUUCAUUUCUUUCCCCGAUUCGUCUUCUUCUCUUUGAAUUAUGUUAUGUUUUAGCUUUGAAAUUUUGAGGUUAUGUCGCUUUGCUUCAAGUUCUCCGUUCAAGAAUUUUUAAAAAGUUGAACAUGUAUUUGAAACCGUGUUUGCAAAUGUUCCCUGCGGUAACCAGUUCAUUGAGAACUGCUUCAAUUUUCAAGUCUUUACAAGUCUCGCCAAGUUUAAUCACCAUAAGUAGAAAAUAUGAUAUACGCCAUAAAUCUUCAAAACCGCAAAGAACUAUCAAAGAAGUCUACCACGGGGUAUUGACCCCACAAAUAAAAGCAGUUAAGAUAUUUUCAUUGUCUUCAAGCAUCGUUGGUGUAAUUGCACAGCCUUUUUUAUACAAGGAGAUUUUUGCCACAUCCAAUGUCCCCAUCAUUCUUGCUGCAUAUUCCUUUAUUGGAUUUUUCACAGUAGUCACUCCAAUUCUUCUUCAUCUCAUAACGAAGAAGUAUAUCAUCCAGUUGAAUUAUAACAAAGAAACGAAUACCUACAUCGCCAAAACUGUCAACUUUUUCUGUAUACCUAAAGAGACUGAAUUCACACCUGAAGACGUAAAAGUUCCAGACGUACCUGGCAUGUUUACCACGUUCUCUGCUAAAGGAAAAUCUUUUUUCGUAGACCCACGUCUGUUUGAACAGCCUGAACAUUACUCAAAAAUAAUGGGUUAUGAUAAGCCCAUCGAUUUCAAAUUAUAUGAAACAUCUGAAAAUGAUAAAAAGGUGCAAUGAUCUGCGAUUUUUAUGUUUUGUUGGAUAAUGAUGUAAAAUAUUUAUUUUAUGAAUAGAUUUGUAGCGACAAUUUAGCUCUAGUCAAAAGUAGACAGAGAGACUGAUAUUACAGGUCAUCAUUCGUCGUUUCAUGAUGUCUUGGAAAUAGUUUUCCUUUCAUUUGGAAUCCUGUUUUUGAAUUAUAAUUAUCUAAUAUAUCUGGGGUAAUUAUUGAAGUGUUA